AUGUCGACGGUCACCUGCAACGCGGGGUUCGACGACGAGGAGCAGCAGCGGCUCCACUACCGCUCCGAAUGGCACCGCUACAACCUCAAGCGCAAGGUGAAGCUGGAACAGGACCUCCACAUGCUUACAAUCUUCAAGAGCCAUGAGGCUGAGACAACAAUCCUGGAAGAUUUCGACUUCUAUGAGCAGCGGGAGAAAGCCUUGCAGGAGAACAGACGUCAACAACAGCCUGCCAGCACCGAUCCUCAGAAGCUGCUGGAUACCAAGGCUCAAGGUCCCGUGGCCGAUAUAUCAUAUGUAUUUUCUAAGGCCGUCCAGUUGAAGGAUACUGAGAACAGUUGA